AUGGCUGCUGUAAUUAGCUGUUUAGUAAAUAUACCACGGAAAAGUAGAGAAUUUAGAGUAAUAAACUUAAAUGAAAGCCUAAAUGAUGAAGAAUUGAGAAGAAGGUUCAGGUUUGGAAGAAGAGGAAUAGAGUAUUUGGCCGAUUUGCUGAGAGAGGACCUAGCUAGGGAAAUGGACAGAAGUUGUAGCCUGUCAGUCGAGGAACAAGUCUGUAUAGCGCUGAGGUACUACGCUUUAGGUUCAUUUAUGCAGGUUGUUGGGGACACACAUGGGAGACAUAAAAGUACUGUUUGUAGAGUUGUGGAUAAGGUUACCAAAGAGAUAGUGAAGCGUCAUAAGCAGUACAUUAAGUGGCCAGUUGAUGAAGCUACCAAGAGACGAGUGAAGUCUGAGUUUAGCAACAUAGCUGGAUUUUCAGGUGUUAUAGGGUGUGUUGAUGGUAGCCACGUCCGUUUGAUCAAGCAUUCACCAGACCAAGAGAGAUGUUUCAUCAACAGAAAAGGAUUCCCGUCCAUAAAUGUGAUGGCAGUUUGCGAUGCAAAAGGAAAAUUCACAUUUAUCAAUGCGCAGUGGCCUGGAUCAGCUCACGAUAGCUUUAUAUUCAGAACUUCCACACUUGGAUGCCACAUGGAGAGAAACCCCAGGGGUUUGGAAGAUGGGAUUAUUCUUGGAGACAGCGGGUAUGCGUGUUCAAGAUACUUGAUGACACCAUACAGAGUUGCAGACACCAACCAAAAGACAAACUUCAAUAUGGGGCUCUGCAGAACAAGGUUGAGAAAGACACCAGCCAAGGCAUCAGAAGUGAUUGUGGCGUGUGCUGUUCUCCACAAUAUAGCCAUCAUGCUGCAAGAACCUGAUGUGCCUGAUGAUGACAAGGACGAUGGGGCAGACGCACAAAUACCAUAUGCAGGCAGAAAAACUGGCUUCUUGGUCAGGUAUCACCUUGCUCAAGUUUACUUUUGA